UCUUCUCUUAGUGUCUGCAAAGGGAUUUUAUCUCAUGCUUCAAGGAUGGGUCUUGUUUGUCUCCAUCUGUUGCUUUAUCGUCAGUUCAGUUCUGCUCCUCGUCUUCUGCCUGGGUCGAAAAAUGAAGUCCUUCUGGCGUAAACUGGGUUUGUUGUACCACUGCUUGGCGUCUCCAUUGUAUGCAGUGGCACUAAUACUACAAAUAAUUGCAACUUGUGGUGAAAAUGAGAGAAUAAAUUCUUCCUCCAAUCCCAACAUGGAGUCCAACUUCAAGUUAUACUUGGAUACUGCUGCACUGAUCUUUUGCUUAAUCAAAGUUUUUCUACAUUUCAUCUACUGUGUCACUUUAGUGGCUGGCAUUUGACUGAAGAAUCAAGAAAUUCCUUGUUUGAUGUUUUUUGACUUUUGAUUUCUCUGAAAUCUUCUGCUGGAGUAUUUAUGGCACGUGGGGUGAGAUAGUUUGGCCCCGUGUUUGAGUUCUCUUUAAAGUGUCAAAUUGGUGCUGAUGUUUUAUUACAUGUAAG